AUAAUAGCAUUUAGUUAGCACAGUACUCACAAACCUGCAGUCUUAGGAAUUUGAGUUUGUCUUAACUUGUGAUCAACUCAGUUGUGAAACCAGGUUUUAUAGAAAAUAAUCAUUUGAUUUACAAAUACUGUGGUUUUGUCAUUCAAAGCAACAUACAGUAUUGUACCAUUGAGAAUAUCAGUCCAAUUUUGGGAUUACAUUAAAUGCCAAACAUUCAAUACCUUAACACAGCUAAAAAAGGGCCCUUUGCUAAAAGAAAAAAUAUUUUUUAGUUGUAACCUUCUUUUGUUUAGUUUUACUGAACUUUUAGGCCUGUAACUUGAUUUUUCAUGCCUUUGGAUACAUGCCUUCACCUCCAUGCAUACGUUUUUUGGUUUCCAAAGUGGCAAAAAGCACCAUUCUGUGCUCCACUGCAGAACAAACUUCCCUCCACUUUACAGCCCUCCCUCCAGUUUGUCCAUGAGAGACCACAUUUAAAAUGUAACCCCACCUGAAACCCUGCACAGACCAAUCGGCUGGAGAAAUGUCAGAGCCCUCGGCACACCCUCCUUUGUCCCAAACCAAUCAGAGUGGAAGUGUGGCACAUUUUGCCCUGAGGGGAAAACUUACCCCUGGAUGAGUUAAUUACGCAUCACUUAGCUGUUGCGCCAAUGUGUUCACAACGGUGGACCCUCUUUUGGGCUUUUUUUAGCAGCGUCUGCCUUCAUUUCUCGGUCAAUCUAGUAUGGAAAGUAGACAACAAUGGCUCACCAGGCUGAAAAAUGAACUUAGCAACAGUCCUCUGGUCUCAAACGUGGCUUUCGGCUUCAUCCUCAUGGGACUAGAGAAGCUGGUGGAGCUGGAGUUUGAGUGUCCUUGCAAUCCUACGUGGAACGGAGUGUUUUCAUCCGCCUUCUUCAUCAUCCCUGCAGUCAUGGCCUUCACCUUGAUGCUGAUCAUCCAAGGAUGCAGAUGUGACACGUGGUGCAGGAAAACCGUGUCCUUCUCCAGUUUCGUCCCAGCUAUCGUGUGGCUCAUUUUGCUCUUCCUCGAUGGCCAGUACUUUGCUUGUGCAAUGACAGACUGGGAGGGGAGGUUUGUACUAGUUGACAAGGCGGCUCCGCAGAAGUGGUGCGAGCCAAUUAGUGAGGGAGAUGUCACCCCACAAGAGCUAAUGAUCAGAUCACAGCAGCUCUUUGUUUUUUCUCAGGUUAUAGGCAUAAUCCUCCUCAUUUUCAUCUGUGCGGGUCUCGUAGUGUAUGUCAUCAGAGAAAGCUGCCAUCAGGAGGUUGAGAUGCAGGAUGCAGAUGUAGCCGAGCUCACGGUGCUCAGGAUGAGCUCUCUAAGGACCAGGACAUCAUGAGAGGAGUACUCACACCGCCCACCACACCUGGACACUUUGUAAAUACCCUCAACAACAGACUUUACUAGGACUUUUCAUAACUAUUGUGGACAAGUGUUUGAAAGUAUUUUCCCUCCCCCAUACAAAUUGGACUUGAAUGGUCAUGAAUGAUGCUGCCCUAUGAAGUUUCCGUAAAUAUGGAUAUUAUUGAUAUCCAUAAUACAACAGUGUUUCUGUUUUUGUUCCUGUAUUGCCAGUGAAUAUGUUACCGGUCUUAUGUUUGUGUUCAUGCAGCAACUUGUUAGUUUUUACCUGUAUUUAAAGGAAUGGAUUGAUAUUUGGGAAUUAUUAGUUUUUUUUUUAAGUUAGAUGAGAAGAUUGAUACCAAUCUCCAUGUCUGUCCAGUAAACACAAAGCUAUACAUCCAGCAGCCGGUUAUAGCUUAGUUUAGCAUAAACACUGGAAAUAGUUUGUAACAGCCAGCCUGGUUCAGUUCAGAGGUAACACAGCCAGCACCCCUAAAGGUCACCAAUUCAUGCGUUAUAUCUCGUUAGUUUGACCCACAUAAGUGUAAAAACAACAAUUUCCUGUUUUAUGGUUGUUAUGUCAGUUAUGACUAUUACUUUUAUGGAAGCAGUUGCCAGGCAACCGGCGGAGAUUCCAGGGGCCUCAUUACAGAAAAAUAUCCUAUAACUGCUGGUCCUAUCUUAACUUAAGUGUCACAGAUAGGAUAAAUCCUAUAUCUUCCUAUUACAGAAGCCAAUUCUAAACUCAUGGCCGCGUCCUAUCUUGUCUCAGACUUCCUAUCUUGUCUUAACUUCAGAAAUCCUAACAAUAACUGUAAAUUCAAUUAUUCAAUCGCCACAGUGCUGCUGUUAUUUUGAUUUUAGAUCCAUGCCAUCCUAAUAUAGGAUUCCUAACUUGGGAAAUCCCUAAGUUAGGAAGUUAAUAGCUAAAUUCCUAUCCUAAGAUAAGAUAGGAUUUUUCCUAAAUGCAGCUAGGAAACAUGUUUCUGUAAUACCAAAAAUCCUAAAUGUCAUCCUAAACUGAGAUAAGAUAGGAUUUCAUAUUUAGGAAGUUUCUUUAAUGAGGCCCCAGAAAAGUACUGCAAGGAACAGUCCGGCACAUAACCCCCCAUAAAACGGUGAAUUAUCUCUUUUUCCAGUCUUUAUGCUACGUCCAGCUGACUCAUACUGUAUCUACCGGACAGACAUGAGUGGUAUUGAUCUCCUCAUCUAACUCAGCAAGAAGGCAAAUAAGCAUAUAUCCCCAAAAUGUCAAACUAUUCCUUUAAAGUGAUAUUUCACUUUGGCACAUUGUGUGUGUUUAGUGGAAUUGUCAGCCAGCAACUCUGAGAAACUCAGUCAGUACUGCUCUCUUACUCUCAACUUUUAAUAUAUUUUUUGAGCUAUAUUGACACAAGUGGAAUACACCAGGCAGCUAAUAUUGAUCCGACCAAUAUUAGUUGACUUGUACUAUUGUUUGAGAUGUGUUUGCCCCAAAAAUGAAAAUGUUCCAUCAAGGUGAAAUUUAACUUGAAAUACUUUUGUUUUCCCUCCUGGGUAGCAAAUGUCUCCAGACCAAUGUAAGGUCGGACUCCUGUCACGUCUAAUCCUACCUAACAGUGAUGAUUCAGACUGAACUGAUAUCCCUAAUGAUGAUUUACCUGUUUGACAGCUAGACAUGUAAAAACAUGUACAUGAUUUGUAUCGUGGCUGCUCACACCAGCCAAUAGUAGGAUGUAGACACAAAUUCUGUAACAGAAUUUUCAGUAUGUUGUUUUUUUUAUUGUUUUGUAAUAAAAGAAUUUAUUUAUUUAAGAAAAAACCCUCACGGAUUUUG